CUGAUUGGCUGGCAGGUGGGAGACGGGUUAGCGGGUGCAGGACGCGCGGAGGAGGCGAGCUGGUGCGUUCCGGGCCCGAAUGUCUCCUCUCUCCAUUUCACUUGUUGGCUUUGUCAUGUUACUGACCACAACGCAAGGUGUCGCCGGUGAUAAAGGUCAGGUGGAGGUGAAAUGUAUGAAGUACCAUAUAGUUAAGAAGGUCAGAGAAGAUCUUGUCAUCCAGUGCCAUUACUCUUCACCAGAUGAUGCCAACUCCACCACCUUCAGUUGGACAAAGCAGGAUACAAUGAAAAUAAUCUACAAUUAUUCAGUUACUCAAAUAGAGCAAGAUCCCAGCUAUCAAGGUCGAGCGGAGGUUUAUGCCCUUGAGAUCCCUGAAGGGAACGUGUCCCUGAGACUGAUGAAUGUGACUCUGUUGGACUCUGGAGUCUACAGACUUCACGUCUUUAGUCGAUCCCAUAGUGCCGAAGCAGAGAUUGUGUUGAGUGUAAGAGCCGUUGGCGAACAGCCAGUCAUCCACUCUCAUGUCACCAGCCAGGGCCUCUCUGUUCUGGUCUGCGAGUCGUCUGGGUGGUUCCCAGAGCCAACGGUAACCUGGGAGAACGGGCUAGGGAAACAGCUGACCAUGUACGCCCAUACGGAGAACCUAAACAGCACGGAUGGCAGCAUCCACACACGGAGCAUACUCAGCCUGGGUCACAGGCCCAUCAACAAUUAUACCUGCGCCAUGAGGGACAGGCACCUGAACGAGACGGUGUCCUUUGUAUUCAUCGUUCUCUUUCCAGGAUCACCUUGGCACAUCGCAGCAGGUGUAGUGGGGACUGUUGUCUGCUGUGUCAUCCUAACUGUUGCACUUUACUGGAGCUGGUAACCAGAUGAGCUGGGUAUGUGUGCCGUGAGUGAUAACGUCCUUGUUCCCCUCUGUGAUGGUCAGCAUCACUGAAGAGUCAAAGGCUGCCUCUGGUACUGACACAGAAUGGACUCGAGGGGUAGGGGGUGAAAAGGACGUGGCCCCAUUCUGUACACCACAGGACUCUCUCUCUCUCCCCCUUUGUAGCAGCAGAGCUGACUGAGCUGGAGUGGCCUGGCCUUCCUGAAGCUGCUCUGCGCAGGAGCCAUCACUGUAUCAACUCAUGAGCUGUUUUGCACUUUUGGGCAGGGCCUUGUCUCGGUGGAAGUGCCUUGAUACAGAACCUACGUAGCAGUGAGCACUCAGACCAAGCGCACUCUACUGUGGCGGAUCACUGCGGCCCACACAAUGUGAACUGUGGCAACCGGACACUUUCUGCUUUGAACUCGACUGGAUGACUUAGCACAUUGUUACUGUUCUGAGAGAUCUCCAGUCUGUCUCUAUCCAACUUCUUUCAUCUCAUUGGAGGGGAAAGAGAGCUUUAAAAUGCAGUGAUAUUGGAGAGGAAAUUCUCUUCAAUACGAAUUAUUCUAUCUGCCUUGAGGAUGGCGGAUCCUUUGAUCUCUUUCCUUUCAAAACAAAAUAAAGUGGCACAUCACAGCAACACUGAAGCAAGAAUUUGUUCCCUGUUACCUCUCUCCUUUCCAGGCAGUCAUUUCACUAAAUGAUUCCACAAACAAAAGGUAUGUAUUUCCCAAGCAGAAGAGGUUCUGCAGAUGCUGGAAAUCCAGAGCAACACAGGGUGCUGGAGAAACAGCAGAUCCAGCCGCACAUGUGGAGAGAAUAAAACAAGUCAGCAUUUUGAGCCGGGACCUUUUGUCAGCACCGGAAAGAAAGGGAGAGGCCAGA